AUGUACGCAGAUGAAGAAAUGUACGCAAAUGGUCAAUGGAAAAAGCACGAGAUUAAGGUUAAGGAUUCUAAGACCCUUCUCUUUGGUGAGAAGCCGGUGACCGUCUUUGGUGUCAAUGAGAAGGAAUACAAGUCAGAUGUUGAUAUUGUCUCGAAUGCUAAUUGCACUAUCAAUUGUCUUGCUCCAUUGGCAAAGGUUCUUCAUGACAGGUUUGGUAUUGUUGAGGGUCUAAUGACAACUGUCCACUCCAUUAAUGAAGGACUGGAGAGGUGGAAGAGCCGCAUCAUUCAACAUUAUUCCCAGCAGUACUGGAGUUGCCAAGGUAUUGUAACUUGCAAUAUGUGGAAUAAAAUUGACCCUGCAACCUUUCUGUUGAUGUGUCAGUGGUUGAGGGACCAAAAUUUUCUGAAUUCAGAAACACCAAAUGUUCAUUCCCUUCUGCCCCUUCCAAUCCAGUCACCUGUAAUUAAGGACUGGAGAGGUGGAAGAGCCGCAUCAUUCAACAUUAUUCCCAGCAGUACUGGAGCUGCCAAGGUUGUCGGGAAAGUACUUCCUUCUCUAAAUGGAAAGCUUACUGGGAUGGCUUUCCGUGUCCCAACAGUUGAUGUGUCAGUGGUUGAGGGACCAAAAUCUCCUGAAUUCAGAAACACCAAAUGUUCAUUCCCUUCUGCCCCUUCCAAUCCAGUCACCUGUAAUUACAAGCAUACUUUUGGCCCUCAUUGGGAGCUGCCUUUGUGCACUUUGUCUAAGACCCUUGUCCUGCACGCCUUGCUUGUUCGUCUACAAGCGUGGGCAUAG